AAAUCGAGGCUUUAUUCGAGCUGUGACGUUGAAUCUCAACCAGUGUGAGUGUGUGACCAUUACGCAGUUGUUAAAACUCCAUGGAUUCAUCCUCAACACGAUCGAACGCCGCCGGUGCCGGCGAUGCGAAGAAGAGGCUAAAUUUCUUGGCACACGCAAUGAAACGAAAAGACAGCUUCAUUCAAUUUUUCGCCAUGACUGGAAUUCUUCUCCUAAGCAUGAGAUCUUUGGGUCAAAAGUACAAAAUCCAUGGACUUCAAGAAGAUACAUAUGCUCUGAGAGAAGAACACAACUCACUCACCGAUCGUAUAAAAAAUAUCAAGAGUUCAUUGCUUCACGAAGCUUCUCAAGAUUCUACUGGACUCUUCGCUUCUCGCCUUCGUAGUCUCUUCAACGAACAGCAGUAAUUGUUCUUUCCGUGAGUUAUUUCUAUCUUACUAGUUUUCGUGUUUGUUAAAUCUUUCGAGAAAUUAUUGUAAACCCUCGUCAAUUUUGUGUGAUGUUAUUUUGCACCUCUUAAAUUGUUCUAGUAACUGAUAUUGAAAAUUAGGGUUAUGAAUAAUAGUCUUUGAGGAUGAUUGUUAAGUUCUAUUGCUAGGAAUACAGUGUGAUUUUCUUGUUGAGGAUGUUAAAUCUUUGUACUUCAAGCGUGCGUUACUUAUAGGAAUUUAAAAUUCGUAUUGAAUGUAUGUAAUGCUCGGUUAGAAGGAAUUAACGAAGAAUAUAAGGGAGGGUUGUAGCCUUGUAGGUGUCAUCGACCUAGCAGAUUCAUGACUUUUUGUUUUUGCAUUUAGAAGUUUGAAUAUUCUUACAUUUAUAUUGA